AAAGGCAAAUGUCAAUGGUGGGAAGCAGUUCUGCGAUCGACAUAGACGUGCAUCCUGGAUACACCUUAUAGCUUCCAUGGUACUCCGGGCGUAUGCGCUAGUAUAGCAUCUUUCUGAUGUCGUGGUGAGGGGGGGGAGGAGAAGUUGAGAGUUUACAUAAACCUGGCAUACGUCGAUACUCUUUUCACCCCUGCAACAUUGAACUCGUUGCUCAUUGCUCCGUAGACAAUAAAUUAACGGAAAACAUUGAACUAAUUGUCAUUAUGGCUCCUUCAGCACAACCGGACGAAACAUCGGCUCCGGCAACGCAGUCAAAGGUCGAAGCAGAGAAGGACUUCGAGGAAAAGAGAAACAUAAUUAACCCAGCAGCCCAAGCAAUCCUCGAAUCAUACAGCAACAUCAAACCAGAUGACGUCCUCCAACAUGUCCUCACACUCCGCGACGAAGCAUUCUCCGUCUACCACUACUCCUGCAUUGGCCAGAUGCGAUUCCUAUCCUUCAAUCUCUCCCAAAUGCCCUUUUAUCAACGCAUCCUCAACCUACUCAAAUCCUCCCCUAGCGGUGGCGGAUUUUUAGACGCCGGAUGCUGUUUUGGGCAGGAGAUUCGGUUUCUUGCCAACCAGGGAAUCCCACAUUCUCAACUAUACGGAUGCGAUUUAGAGCAGGUCUUUAUUGAUCUCGGGUAUCGCCUGUUUCUGGAUGGCGAUGGGAAGCUAGGCGCGAAGUUUUUCGUCGGCGAUCUGACCGAGCCCCAAGAAACAGUGUAUGAGAGCGGCGCAUUGGCACAAGGGUUGAAGAAUAAAUUGCAGGCCAUUUUUGCAUCGUCUCUGUUCCAUAUGUGGGACUACGAGGAUCAGGUCCUUGUUGCGAGGAGAAUGGUGGCGAUGUGUGAGGACAAGCCAGGCGUAAUGAUUACGGGACGCCAGCUAGGAAGCCAUCUGGGCGGACGGUAUCCCAUGAUUGGCAUGCGAAAGGAUGGGGAGAAGUACCGGAAUUAUCGCCAUAAUGAGCAGACCAUUCGAGGCUUCUGGCAUGAUGUUGGCGAGGCUACCGGCACUCAAUGGACGGUCGACGCGGGCACUUAUUGGGGAGACGAGAUGGAACAAACCAAGAAUGCACCAUGGGCAGAACCGCAAAUGUGCAUGAUCUGGUGGUCUGCAACUCGGAAAUAGAGACUCAAUACACCAAUUGAUAUAUAUAUAAAAACCUG